UCUCCGCCUCUUGCUCGGGGUGGUUCUCCGUCUCUCUCUCUCCUCCCCGAGAGCAGAAGAGGACAAGGAGGCGAGGGCGGGGGCGCAGGAGCCGAGUUGCCGCCGCCGCCGCCAGGCAGCCAUGUCGCUAUUGUCCGCGGCCCUGCCUGCCCUGCGGGUCUACUGGAUCGGCGUCUGCGUCGUCCUGCACCAGGCGCUCCGCCGCCUGCGCCCGGGCGGCUCUUCCCAGCCAGGUGCUCGUUAAUGAGUGAAGAAUCAAAAGAUUGGGACACUGGCCAAGAAGCAAUGGAGAAUAAAAGUCUGGAAACUUCCCCAUCAGACCUAAAGUUAGUGGCUCAUCCAAGAGCAAAGAGCAAAGUGUGGAAGUACUUUGGUUUUGAUACCAAUGCAGAAGGAUGCAUAUUACAGUGGAAGAAAAUCUACUGCCGCAUUUGCAUGGCUCAGAUUGCUUAUUCGGGAAAUACAUCCAACCUCUCUUAUCACCUUGAAAAGAAUCAUCCAGAUGAAUUUUGUGAAUUUGUGAAAAGCAAUACUGAGCAAAUGAGGGAGGCAUUUGCAACUGCAUUUUCAAAAUUGAAACCAGAAUCGUCUCAGCAGGUUGUUCAGGACACCUUGAUUAUGAAAACAGGACACAGUUACGAGAAUAAAAAGCAUCAGGAACUGACAUCAGCUGUGGUCAGCUUAAUAUGUGAGGGUUUAUAUCCUCCUUCGAUAAUAGAUGAGCCCACCUUCAAGAAUCUCUUAAGAGUAGCUGACCCCAGGUAUGAACUUCCUUGCCGAAAGUACUUCUGCUCAAAAGCGAUACCUGAAAAAUACAUUGCUGUUAGGGAAAAUGUGUUGAAAGAGCUGACUGACAUCCUGUGGUGUGGCAUAUCCAUUGAUAUGUGGAAGAGCGAGAACCAGAAUAGAUCCUACGUAACGCUGUCAGUUCAUUUUCUGAAUAAUGGCUCUUCCACCUUCCUGGCUGUUAAUUCCCGGUGUUUAAAAACAUUUGAAGUGCCCGAGGAAAACACCGCAGAAACGAUUACAAGAGUCCUUUAUGAGAUAUUCAUCGGAUGGGGAAUCAAUACAAAAGUUUUUGGUGCAACAACAGAUUAUGGGAAAGACAUAGUCAAAGCUUGCUCCCUUCUGGACAUUCCAGUACAGAUGCCUUGCUUGGGUCAGACGUUUAAUGUGGGAAUACAACAAGCUUUCCAGCUUCCCAAGUUGCAUGGUGUUCUGUCCCGAUGUCGAAAACUGGUGGAAUAUUUUCAGCAGUCUUCAGUGGCCAUGUACAUGUUGGGUGAGAAACAGAAACAGCACAACAUUUUGCACUGCAUGCUUGUGAGUGAUCGUGUUUCCUGGUGGGGAAGCACACUUGCCAUGUUGCAGCGUCUUAAAGAGCAGCAGUUCGCUAUUGCCGCCGUUCUUGUGGAAGACAGCAAUAACCACCACCUCAUGCUGGAAGCCAGUGAAUGGAAUACGAUUGAAGGCCUGGUGGACUUGCUCCAGCCUUUUAAGCAGGUUGCUGAGAUGCUGUCUGCUUCCAAGUAUCCAACCAUCAGCAUGGUGAAACCCCUCCUUCACAUGCUGUUGAACACAACAUUGACUGUCAAAGAAAAUGACUUGAAAGAAAUCAGUAUGGCAAAAGAAGUAAUAGCCAAAGAAUUGUCUACCACAUACCAGCAUACUCCUGAGAUAGGCAUGUUUCUCAAUGUUGCAACUUUCUUGGACCCAAGGUACAAGAAGCUGCCCUUUCUUUCAGCAUUUGAGAGGCAGCAGGUUGAAAACAGAGUGGUAGAAGAAGCAAAAGGUCUCCUAGAGAAAGUAAAAGACAACACACCGAGGCCAGAAGAUCCGUUUUUUGCAGUGUCCGAAGAGCCACCAGUGAAAAAGCUUGCAAUUUCUUCUACUCCACCUCCUGCAAGUACCAUAAAUAACAUGCUAGCAGAAAUCUUUUGCCAAACAGGAGGUGUGGAAGACCAAGAGGAAUGGCAUGCUCAGAUUAUUGAGGAGUUGAGCAAUUUCAAGUCACAGAAAGUUCUUGGACUAAAUGAGGAUCCGCUCAAGUGGUGGUCUGACAGACUAGCUUUAUUCCCUGUUUUGCCAAAGGUGCUUCAGAAAUACUGGUGCAUUGUGGCUACAAGAGUUUUCCCGGAGCGUCUGUUUGGUUCUUCUGCUAAUGUUGUUAGUGCUAAAAGAAAUCGUUUAGCCCCAGCGCAUGUAGAUGAACAGAUCUUUUUGUACGAGAAUACUCGCGUUUUUCCUCUUCAAAAUGGGAAUGUCGCCAUAGUAACUGGAGGUGCUAAAGGAAUUGGUUACCAUACUGUGAAACAUUUGGCAAGACUUGGCAUGCACAUUAUAAUAGCUGGGUGUAAUGAAAAAGAAGGCCAAGAAACUGUGAUGAAGAUAAAGGAAGAAAUUUUGAAUGCAAAAGUGGAGUUUUUAUACUGUGAUUUGGCUUCCAUGAAGUCUGUACACCAGUUUGUUCAAGCGUUUAAAGAGAAGAAUUGUCCACUCCAUGUCCUGAUCAAUAAUGCUGCAGUGAUGUUGGUACCAGAAAGGAAAACAGAUGAUGGGUUUGAAGAGCACUUUGCUGUUAAUUACCUGGGGCACUUCUUGUUGACUAACCUUCUCUUAGAAGCACUGAAGCAAUCGGGAACCCAUGACCACAAUGCACGAAUUAUCACCCUUUCAUCAGCCACUCAUUUUGUAGGUGAAUUACAUCUCAAUGAUCUGCAAAGCAGUUGCCUCUAUUCACCCCAUGGAGCGUAUGCCCAAAGUAAACUUGCCCUUGUGCUCUUUGCCUAUCGACUGCAACAUCUCCUGACAGAAGGAGGGGGCCCUGUGACAUCUAACGUUGUGGAUCCUGGAGUGGUGAUUACUGAUCUCUACCAGAAUGUCUGUUGGGCAGCAAAGGUGAUCAAAUGGAUGACAGGCUGGCUUCUCAUGAAGACACCUGAAGAGGGGGCAUCUACGUCAGUCUACGCCGCUGUUUCGCCAGAGCUAGAGGGAAUCGGUGGCUGUUAUCUUUACAAUGAGCAAAGGACAAAAUCUGCUGAUCCUUCCUAUGAUGAGGAGCUGCAGAAAAGACUGUGGAGCAAAAGCUGCAAACUGGUUGGGAUUCCCGAUGUGGCACCAUAGAGAUUUCAAAAGAUAUAGCCAUGGCUUGCUGCAUGAACGCAACACGGCUCACUGGCCUCUACUCUUGCAGCAUCACUCCAUACGUCCGGAAUUCACUGUUCAAUCACAUGAGCAAACGUAGACUCUCUUGGAGCUGCCACUCUGUUGGAAGGUGGUGGUGGUGGUGGUGGUGGCAGCUGGUGGUGGUGGUAGUUGUGGACAAGGUAUUCCCCACUAGAAUUAUAUGUUUUGAAUUUAGCCAUCCAUUUUGUAAUCAUGAUGUUUCAGUUUGUGAUUUUAAAAGAGAGAGAGAGAUCGAUCUUUAUGUAAAAUGAAGAUUUUUUUUAAAGCUUCCUUCCAGAUGGGCUAUUGUUUCUUGUUAUUUAUUUCUUAAUUACAUUCCUGUUCUGUCUUUUCUGUAGUGAGCUGCUUUUUGUAUUUGUUUUGUUUUCCCCUCAGUGCAACCCUGUGAGGUAGAUCAGGCUGAGGGGACUGAACUGGUCCACAGAGCUUCCUGGACAAACGCAGAACUCAGCCCAGAUCUGUUCAACUCGGAGCCAUCCUUUCAAAGAUGUAUGUCAGGGGUUGGACUUGUGCUGCCAUUUCUUCAGUCCCCGUUCCACAAACUGCCUACCAAUCCAAAUAAAUAAAACUUUCCAGUCACGUCUGCUCGUAGCUUGAUACUGCCCAUACUCGGUCCAGGGAGCAAAAAAUUAAGGCCCGUCCUUGCUCUAGGCAUUUAAUCUGCUGUUCAAUAGCUCAACAAAGCCAGAGUUCCUGGUUGUUAAAAUAUUUUCAAUCCUAACAGUAGAUUCUGGGAAUGACUA